GCAGUGAGGCAGCGGACGGUGGCCAGCGCGGGUUGUCCACUAACGCGCAGCUAUAAAACACACUCGAGUGAAGGUUGGAGCCUUAGUACUGUGCUGGUGUGUGGAAGUGGCGGUGUUCCUCGUCUCCGGCUCUGUGGCUCUCCUCGCCUGCCCUUGCUCCUCCUGUGCCUCUCUUGAGGGUCCUCUCACACUCCUCAUGAACACUUCUCGCCGCCUGCUGCUCAGCUUUGCCGGAGAUCGGUCACGGGCGGGAUUAUAUGGACGGGAUUCACUCACGGGUUCUGAGGGUUAUUUUCAGCAGAAUUAGGGGAACAUGUUUCGAACAACGAUACCAGUAUUUUUUGCCGCGGUCGUACUCGUAGUGCAGGUAAAGUGCCAUGGCGACGUCAUCUCUCGCCUGGAAGUCACCUCCGAAGUGGGCCAUCGUUACGCCGUCACCCAUGUCACGGCCGCCGUCACGAACAGCAAGCCAAGGCCUUCUGAUCUCAAGUUUAAGAUGCUCCUGCCUUGGGGGGCUUACGUCUCCACGCUCACUAUCGAAAGCAAUGGCAAGAAUUACACGACAAUCGUAAGGGAGCGGCGCCCCCAUGAACGGCGGCGACCCGACCCCAACACUUCUAGUGAUUCAGAGAAAAAGAGUGUCACGAAGAAGAUCAAAACCACACAGACGUUCAGAGCAAGUGCCAGCGUGGGUGCCAACGAGAGUGCCGUGUUCUACCUCAAAUAUGAAGAGCUGUUGCAAAGAGUGAAGGGAAAGUACACUCAUAGGCUCUACUUAAGGCCUGCCAGUAAAAUCAGCCUGUUGGAUGUCAAAGUCCGAAUUUCAGAGAUGGAAAACAUUACUGAAUUUGAAGCUGAAAUUCCAAACACAUACAAUGACGAAAAUGGCGGGCUUUCUGGAUCUAAUGGAGUGCAUCAGGAGCGCCUAAGCCCUUCGGAAAUACUGCUAACUUACCGGGACGAUAACAUCACUACGAGAACCAAAGAUACACACAGUGAAGACGGAGACAAUGAAGAGAACGAUAAUGAUAGCAAAGAUGAGAAUAAACUAGACAGCGAAGAGGAUAAGGAAGGUGUAUUAAGCAUUUCCUAUGAUGUGGAUCGACAAGCUGACGGAGGAGAAAUACAAAUCCUGGGAGGCUUCUUCGUCCACUACUUCUGCCCCGAGGGACUGCCCAAGCUGCCCACACACACGGUCUUCGUCCUCGACAUCUCCGGGUCCAUGUACGACUUCGGCAAACUCGACCAACUGAAGCUCGCUAUGGAGUCUAUUCUUCACAGUAUGAAGCCGGAGGAUUCUUUCGAGGUCUUGGUGUUUUCGACCCGUGUGACUUCCCUGGGAGUUUUCACGGCAAAUCCUAAGGACGUGGAGCGAGGAGUGACCAAGAUCAAGAGACUGCAUGCCAUGGGAGGCACCAACUUCAACGAGGCACUCCUCAAGGCCAUUUUGGAGAUGAACAAUUUUAAUGAAACCACGGCAGCUAAACAGGUGGUGUUCCUGACCGACGGCAAGCCCAACUUGGGGGAAACCAAGUCGGAUUUGCUUCGCAGAAACGUUCGCGAAGCCAACAUCCACAACUACCCGAUCUUUUCACUCGCCUUUGGUGGAGAUGCUGAUAUGCGGUUGUUACGUCAAGUGAGCACAGACAACCGUGGAUUCACCCGUAAGAUCGACGCCCACGCCCAGCCCGCCGACCAACUCAAGAACUUCUACGAGGAGAUUGCAACGCCGCUCAUCACAGACGUCGAUGUGAUGUAUCUUGACGACGAGGUUGAGCCGAACACCGUCGUACGUCAAGGGACGUCGACUUACUACUCGGGUGAUGAAGUGGUGUUGGCAGGGCAACUGGCAGAGGGAGCCACGCAGGUGCGGCCCAUCAUCACCGGACAGGGGCGGUCCGGGCCGAUGCAAUUCCGAGUGUCUCGAGUCUCGCAGCCCGCCGAGGAACCCGAGAGAGAUAACUAUGUUGAGAGACUCUGGGCUUAUCUCACAGUACAGGAUUUGCUAUCGAUGCAGGAGGUGGUAGAGGAUUCGAACCUUCGCGCGGAAAUGCGGGCAAGAGCUCUCGACAUCGCUGUUAGGUUCCAGUUCCUGACCAAACUGACGUCCCUGGACAUCGUGCCGGACGCCGACGGACACCCUUCAGGCUAUAAGUCCGCGGCCCUCCACCAGAAGUCCAACUCGGUGACCAUCAGACUGCCCAACAUGGACCAGGACCUCACCCUCCUGAGCGCCGAGGAGUUCGCCAAGACGCUGCCCGCGCCCCUCCACACGCGUGUCGACACUCAGAGCAGGAGGCGGUUCUCCUUCGGGGACAACGACCCCCACUUCGUCGUGCAAGUCCCCGGGGUCCACCUUCCCCUGUGCUUUGACCUGCAUGGACGGAACAAGGACGUCUUCAGUCUUGUACGUGAUCACAGGUCAGGCAUCAUCGUCAACGGGGAAGUGACAUCAUCGGCUGACCACCCGGAAUUAACGUAUUUUACGAAGAUUUUCAUGAGUUUCGGCGAAGUCAACUUUACCGUCACGCCGAACAGCAUUGUCGUCGACUGCCUUGAUGAUGCGGGAAAUCCGAAGGUGAGCACAGCGUCCAGCUCUCUUUGGCCCUUCAAGCGAAGGCCCCGCAAGCGCCGGGUGCCGCGUCUGAAGAGCCUGCGGCGCCGAAGGAAGGUCCGCCGACAGCUCUCGAAGCACAUCCCGGGAGGCAGACGAAGGCACGCGGCGAAGAGCGAGUCCAGGGGGCGCAGAAAGCGGAGAAAGAGGCGCCUGUCUCGCCGAAAACAUUCCUCUAACAAGAAACUUCGAACGUCGGCGAGUAGCUCCCCCUCGAGGGUCGGGAGCCAUCGUCCUCGAAGAAAACGGGACGUGCUUCACCCACACAAAGGGAGAUACCCGUUUUACACGAGUGCAGAGAGGGAAGGUGGGCACCCACACGCUCACAGGUAUCCACCUCGCUCGCACAGGAAACUGACGAGACACAGUUAUUCUUCUAUUGGCAGUAGGAGCUACACUCAAACGCUCCAAAUGCACAACUCUGAGACACCUUCCCUGUAUAUUUCUGAAACUUCAUCUCCUAGUUCUGAAACCCCGUCUUCCAAUUCUAAAACCUCAUCUCUCAGUUCUGAAAUUCCGUUUUCCAAUUCCGAAACCUUAUCUUCUACUUCUGAAAUUCCGUCUUCCAAUUCUGAAACCCCAUUUUCCAUUUCUGGUACCCCGUCUUCCACUUCCGAAACCUUAUCAUCCCCAGAAACAGUAAACCAUACCAGUACACACAGCACUAUCCCCAGCUUCGCGGAUUCAGACUCCCCAACCAUAAGUCUAAUUAACAUUCCAAGAACCGAUUUACUUAAUCAUUCAAAUAACAGCCCACUCAGACCUCAACGCGCUAAAAAUGAGGUCAGUAGAGAGGAAGGUGAAGUCACUGGCGAAGAUGAAAUUACUGGUGGAAAUGAAGUCACUGGCGGAGAUGAAGUCAGCGGUGAAGAUACCUUUGGUUCUCAGGAGAAGGGACUGCGAAGCAAGUGCAGCGAUUCCUUUGGCUGGAACAAAGCAUCUGGUGGGAGCUACGGCCAAGUGGUGGUAGGCCUACGGAACCACAGGAAACUAGAGAUUCUAAUGGGCGACGUGGCAGCCCAUUUCGUCGUCACUCUCUCCAAGAACAAGCAUGGGCAGCAGUUCCUCGGGUUUUAUGUUGAAGAGCAGACGAUUCUGUCUCCUAAUACCACGGGGGUGAUUGGUCAGUUUGCUUUCAAAACCGUGGGAACUCUUGACAGGAACAUGACGUCACAAAACACCACCAGGGUGAAGCUAGCCGUCAUCCAGCCGGCGACACACAAGAAGUACAGGGUGUCGCAGAUUAACGCCUUUGUCUCGAGCCGUCGGUCACUCCUCCAUAAGACGCAUGUUACUUGCCUCUUCAUCAGGAACCAGGGUCGGGGGCUGCUGGCUGGAGAACCUGAGGACUAUUUGAGGCCUUGUCUUACCUGCUGAUGGUUGUGGGGCGAGGUGGUGGAGGUGAAGGUGGAGGAAGAAGAAAGAAAAGGAGAGUGGUGGAGAUAGGAGGAGGUGGAGGAGACGAAUGAGGAGGAGAAGGAGUGGGAGACGAAUAAGGAGAGUAUAAAGAAGACGA